AUUGGAGUUGGUUUCUUCAACUUUCGAUGCAAUCGCGCUCACCGUCUUCACGUUACCUGAAUCCCUUUUUCCAUUGUCAAAGAGCCCGCCAGCUCUUUCUCUUCAUUAUUUUUCUUUCUUCCCGUUAUUGAAAUCUCCCAUUGCCAUCUCAAUACAUUGUUAUAUUUAUGCUUUGUAAAUUAUUCGGUUGCUGGGAAAAUAAGCAUUAGGAUUAGAAGCUGUGCCUUAGCCACACGUUUCUGGCGGUGGUGAAAGCGUAACAAAGAUGAGUGACACUGGGAAACUCAAACCUUCAAGCUCUGAAUUGGACCUUGAUCGACCCAACAUUGAAGAUUACCUACCUUCUGGAUCCAGUGUUCAACAAGAAUGUCAUGGCAAGCUUCGCUUGUGUGAUUUGCUUGACAUUUCUCCUAGUCUAUCUGAGGCAGCAGGUGCUAUUGUAGAUGAUUCAUUCACAAGAUGCUUCAAGUCAAAUCCUCCAGAACCUUGGAACUGGAAUGUCUAUUUGUUUCCUUUGUGGUGCUGUGGAGUUGUAGUUCGAUAUUUGAUUCUGUUCCCUACUAGGGUUCUAGUGUUGACAUUAGGAUGGAUAAUAUUUCUUUCAUCUUUCAUUCCGGUGCACUUCCUUCUGAAAGGAAAUAAUGAUUUGAGGAAAAAAAUUGAGAGGUGUCUGGUGGAGAUGAUGUGCAGUUUCUUUGUUGCAUCCUGGACUGGGGUUGUCAAGUACCAUGGUCCAAGGCCUAGCAUGCGACCAAAACAGGUUUUUGUGGCCAAUCAUACUUCCAUGAUUGAUUUCAUAAUCUUAGAACAGAUGACUGCAUUUGCUGUUAUUAUGCAGAAGCAUCCUGGAUGGGUUGGACUAUUGCAGAGCACCAUUUUGGAAAGUGUUGGGUGUAUAGAGUUCAAUCGCUCAGAGGCAAAGGAUCGUGAAAUUGUGGCAAGGAAAUUGAGGGAACAUGUUCAGGGAGCGGACAAUAACCCUCUUCUCAUAUUUCCUGAAGGAACUUGUGUAAAUAAUCAUUACACUGUCAUGUUCAAGAAGGGUGCAUUUGAACUUGGCUGUACAGUUUGCCCAGUUGCAAUCAAGUACAAUAAAAUUUUUGUAGAUGCUUUUUGGAAUAGUCGAAAGCAAUCAUUCACUACUCAUCUGUUGCAAUUAAUGACAUCUUGGGCUGUAGUUUGUGAUGUUUGGUAUUUGGAGCCACAGAAUCUGAAGCCAGGAGAGACACCCAUUGAAUUUGCUGAGAGGGUGAGAGACAUAAUCUCACUUCGUGCUGGGCUUAAAAAGGUUCCUUGGGAUGGAUAUCUGAAGUAUUCUCGCCCUAGCCCAAAGCACAGAGAAGGAAAGCAACAAAACUUUGCUGUGUCAGUACUGCGGCGCUUUGAGGAAAAAUAAUGUGUACCGUUUUACAUUUUGAGUAAUGCGCUACUAACAUUUAAGAUUAGUUAGGUAUAAAUGUUGAUCUUAUAUGUUGUCUGGUAACUUUUGCAUCACUGGUUGCGCUCUGUUACGGACAAACUGACAGGAGCUAGAGAUUCUAGGUAUGAAAACUUUUUGUUGGGAAGACAAUUUGAAUCUCAACUUGCCUGCUCAAAUUGUUACAAGUUAGCGUGUGUUUAGUUAAUACCAACUGUGUAAUCUAGAACUAUUCUAGAUUAAGAACUUGCUAUGGAUAAUAAAAAAAUAUCUUAACCGUUAACUUUU